GCUUUCGGCCUCCAGUUCUGUGCUUCCUGGCACUCCCAAGGGCAGUGGGUGCUGCUCCUUCGACCCCAUGGCGCCAUUAGUGCUCGCGAUGAGCGUCAGUGGUGACUAUCUGCUCCCGCCGUCGUGUUUCCUUGGUAGACUGAGACGCUGACCUCGUGGUAGAAUAAGACAUAGGCCUCGCAUGGUAGGAAGCGUAGCUCGCCUUCUUUCAUUGUCGUACUCCGGGCGCGGUACAAGUGACUCAGGGUCGGGGUCGCAUGUCUUCGGGGUCGCAUUUUUAGCGGGUUCCAAGGCGAUUUGAUGUGGCGAUAGAACCUUUUUAUGUGUGCUGAGUGCGGUGGGGGGUCGACCUUUUGCAUACGACCCCCAAAAACGUCAACUUGUACCACGCCCGUAGCCUGGAAGCAGCUGCACCUUUUCCAACCGAUAAGAGCGACGGUCUAGUCUCGUUUCAGUUAUGCAUGGUGUCAGGUGAAGCAUCGCCGAGCGAUCAUCCACUCGCUGGCUCGAUUAUGCGAAACCUAACGCCUCAGUGAACCUUAGUAGAAACUGCGAGUCAGCGCCUCGGUGGCGCAGUGAGUCAGUGACUUAGCGACGCAGCAAGUCAGCGCCUCGGUGGCGCAGUGAGUCUGUGACCUAGCGACGCAGCGAGUCAGUGCCUUAGCGACGCAGCGAGUCAGUGCCUUAGCGACGCCAGCGAGUCAGUGUCGCUGAAACCCAGCAACGCAGCGAGUCAGGGUCGCGGCAAUGCACAGCCUGGCGAUGGGGACGAGCCGGGGGCACGUGGCGGUGUGGGUGGUGGAGGUGGUGCGCGACAAGGAAGUGAGCAAGGAUGUGCUGCUCACCGCCAUCGAGGACGCGCGCCUCUGCGCCUUCCGCGUUGCCUUCAACCUCGUCUCCGUCCUCACCGCCGUGCCGUCCUCCACGGGCGCAGAGCUUCCGAUAUCUCAGGCGGACGCGCGGUCGGUGCAGGAGAUGGAGAACAGCAUCUUCCAGAACAUCCUCGUGCCCUUCAAAACCUUCUCCGAACGCAAGCACAUCCCAGCAGCCAUGCACGUGGAGAAGAACGACAGGCGCGAGGAAGGGCUGGUGCACGUGGCAACCUCCUUCCAGGCAACGCGCCUCUACAUUGGCUCCAAGAAGAAGCUCUUUGGCAAGGCGUCCCACGUGCCCGACUACUGCAGCGCCCACCUGCCCGACACGUGCACGCUUGUUCUGGUGCAGGGCGGCAGGAAGAUCAAGGAGCUGCCCGGUGGCGCUGGCCCUCCCGCCCUGCCCUCCCGCUCCACCCGCCACGCUGCCCUGCUCCCGCAGCAGCAAGCCCCACGCCCCGACCACCCGCACCCCUCCCCCCACGCGCCGAUCCCCCACUAUCCACAGAAUCCACAGAUUCCCCAGAUUCCACAGAAUCCCCAGAUUCCCCAGAUUCCCCAGAUUCCCCAACACACGCAGCGUGCUCAGCCUUCCCUACAGGCCCACAUAGGCCAGCAGAACCAGCUGCAAUCCCAACAGGCGCAGGCCUACUUGCCACGGGCUGGCAGUGGCAGCGAGUCGGAUGGGAGGGGAGGGGGAGGGGGGGGAGGAGGAGGGGGCGCAGGGGGCUCGUCUCACGUGUCAAGCGCCCUCAGCUCGCCGUCGCAGAGCCCUCCGCUCUCCCCCGCGUCCCGCUCUGCCUACACCGGCAUCUGCCCUCCCGCUGCCGCUGGGGCCUCGCCCCCUGGCGGUGUGAGCGCUGCUCCCUGGGGAAUGGGAGGCGUGGCUGGCGUGGGGGGCGUAGGUGGCACGGGUGGCAUGAGUGGCACGGGUGGGGUGGGUGGCAUGGGUGGCGUCUUCCCAGCAACUUCUCUCGGUGCUCCUGCACUCUCUCAUCUCUCAUCUAGCCCCACUGAUAGCCCUGGUAGCUCCUCUCUACCCGGAUUCACCUCGAUUCCCACCACCAUGGUUGCUAGUGCCGCCGCCGCUAGCGGUUUCCCGAACCAGGGGAUGCUUCCAGGCUUGGGAACAGGCUCGGGGGCAGGUACGGGAGGACUGGGGGGGCAUGGGGAAGGGGCGCAGUGGAAUGUGUACAGGCAGAUGCUAAGGGCGCAGCACAACCAGCAGCAGUACAAUCAGCAGCAGCACAGCCUGCAGCUGUACAGCCAGCAGCAGCAGCAGCAGGCUGGGGGAAGACAGAUCGGAAGGGUCUCGCCAGAAAGUGUCACUCCUGCUGGCUUAGGCGCUGGGAGCGCCGCCGCCGCUCCUGCUGCUGCUGCUGCUGUGGCUGCAGGCAUGCCGCGGGAUGGCAGUGUGGGCAGCAGCACAGGCAGCGUUGACUCCAACCUGCAUAGGGUGGACUCUGCUCCCGGGCCUCGCCGCCAGCCGUCCCCCUUGGGUGUGCCCGCUCCAGACAGCACCAGCAGCAGCAACACUCAUACUGCCAACCACACUAGCACUCACACCAGCAGCCGGGCAGGCGCAGCUGCAGCCAGGGCGUUCCCAGGCCUGAUAGAGAACGCUCCCAUCUCCCGCACCAACAGUGCCGGUAGCGGUAGCGGUACCAACCCCAGGGCCCAUGGCGGUCACACCCGCCCCCUCCCAUCCACCCGCCUUGGCAACCCCAUGCCUGUCCCUGGGAGGGGCUCUCCCGCGGGGGAUGCUGAUGCUGGAGCUGCCGUGGCGAUGCAACAGCAGCGGCAGCAGGCGGAGCAGCAGGAGGCUCAGGUGAUGAUGCGGCUCUAUCAGCAGCAGCAGAUGGAGCACGAGGGGGCAGCGGUCGAGCAGCAGUUGAGUCAGCGCAAGCAGCGGCAGCAGGCGGAGCAGCAGGAUGCAGCGCAGGUGAUGAUGCGGCUGUACCAGCUGCAGCAGAUGGAGCAGAUCGAGAUGUUCCGGAUGCACCAGCAGGCGCAGCUGGCGUUUCACCUGCAGCACCAGCAGCAGCAGGGGCAGCAGCAGCAGCAGCAGCAGCAGCAACAGCAGGAAUCCCUGCCUCAGGCACACAUACCAGCAGAAAUCCAACAAGCAAAGCAGCAGCAGGAGCAGGAGCAGGAGCAGCUGCAGCAGCAGCUGCAGCAGCAGCAUGUGCGUACAGGGAACCAACUUUCGCAGGCACAGCAGGCCCAGCAGGGAGAGCAGCAGGAUCUAGCAAAGCCGCAAAGAGCCAACACGCUGCCUGGAAAGACGGCUGAUGCGGCAAUGGCAGUGUCCGCCCUUGGCGUUGCACCCAGUAACGCCCCUUCUGCCCUUGGUGUUACACCCAGUAACGCCCCUUCUGGCAUUAACGUUACUCUCAGCAACAUCCCUACCACCAGCACCACUGCCCCCUCUGCCCCCCCAUCAGCAGCACCAGCAGUGCCAGCUGCUGCCCCAUCAUCCUCGGCUGCUGCUGUAAGUGGCCCGUCAACUCCCCCUGUCCCAUGCUCUGCCAGUAACAGUAACAGCAGCAGCAGCAGCAGCAGCAGCAGCAGCAGCAUCAGCAGCCAGUCAGCAACCCUCAGUGACCCGACCCCAGCUCAUUUGGCAGGAGUGGUAGCAGCAGCAGCAGCAGAAGCAGCAGGAGCAGAAGGAGCAGCAGCAGCAAGAGUAGCAAGAGAAGCAGCCGGUUCAGGAACGAGCUCUCUGUCCUCCCUUUCUCCACCUCCUCCUUCCAGCGACCCAGCAGCAGCAGCAGCACUUAUGCAGGCAAACACGGGCAUGGGCAUGGGGAUGGGCACUGGUAUGGGUAUGAGCAUGGGCACAGGUACAGGUAUAGGCUCAGCUAUGGGCACAGGUAUGGGGAUGGGCAUGGGUAUGAGUCCAUUUGGCUGGCCUGGUGCAAGCAUGCAGUGUAUGAAUCCAUACAUGGGCAUGGGCAUGGGCAUGGGCAUGCAUGGAUCCAUGGGAGGACCCAUGGGUGGGGGGAUGGGAGCAGGGGGGUGCCCAUGGGGCAAACGGGGUUGAUGGGCGGAAUGGGUGGAAUGGG